AUGGCUUCCCUCCUCCGUCUUCCUGUCGCCGCUGCCGUGAUCUUCCUUUUCGCUCUCUCCGCCGCCACUGUCUCCGCUCGCCCUUGCCGUACCUUCAUCAUCUCCUCCUACUCCUUCCGCAACCCUUCCUCCAACACCUUCGCCACCAUCACCGAGAUCCGAUCCAUCUCCCCUCUCUUCACCAACGACAAACCCUACGGAAUCUUCUUGGAUCGCCCGAUCCAACACCAGAAUCUAGAAACCCAGUCUCGCGCGUCCCAUCCACGCGGCCCUCUAGGGUUUUCGACCGACGCCGAUUUCUCUUCCCUCCGCGAUCGUACUAAGGAUAUCCUCAGCGUCGCACUUGCCUUGCUUUUCGGAGUUGGAUGUGGUGCCCUUACCGCCGCCACCAUGUACUUGGUCUGGUCCGUCUUCACCGCCCGCCAUGAACUCCGCGCUGCCGCUUACGGUGAAUUCUCCGACGACGAGAUCGAGAGCCCUAAGAAAGUUGGAUAUGUCAAGAUUCCGGCGGCUGAAGUUGCUGAUGCCCCCGCACCGCCGGCUAAGGAUUCGGUAUGA